UAUUGUCUGAGAACGCGGAGAAGAAGAGUUGUAAACGGAGCGCGUGCUAGGAGAAAGACGCAGAACUGGGAAUAAGCGUGCACCUUUCAGCACCGACACUGUGGAUAGCAGCCAACAGACUAAACCGGACAGACGUUGACCAGCUAUUUACCUCGGUUAUAACUAGCCACCACAUUUUAAUGGUUUUAUACAGUCGUACUGACUGCCGUGUUCCUCGGUUAACUUAGUUGAAUCAGGGAUUCAUCGAGUGGAGGAUUUAAGACGCAAUUGCAGGAGCUUUGUUUGCCCCAAACGGGCAAAAGUAAGGAGCUAGCAAAUCUUAGCCUCUCUGCUCCCAAGUUAUUGGCAGUGAAGCCAUUUCAGAUCAAUUUAGACAGUAGUCAUUCAGUGGGAUCUUGAAUCGGAUGAGACCGGUACUAACUGCCUGCCAAUGAGGGGAAACAAGAGGGACGACGAAUUAAUCGAUUCGGUUUCACUAUAGCUGCAAACAACCGCUCUACGUGGUCUUGCUACCCUCAGCCACAUUAUAGUUGUUCGUGUAGCUGCACUCCAUUGUGUGUGCAUCUUUGUGCCAUUCGGUUAUUCCCGUCGCCCGAUCCCGCGCUCUCGCACGCCCGCCGCCCCCUCAACCACAGCCUGUGUAUUCACUCCAAUUCUAAAUCAACACCACAAAAUUCGAUAAAAUGUGUUCUCGGGUUUGGUUUGUGACCGACCGGCGCAUCCACCAGGAGUAUCCUCAAGUCCAAAUCCUUCGUGCACUGAAACAGCGCUGCGCCGAAGAUGAUGUUGAAUUCCGCUCUCUUCUCAUGGACCAAAUUGUGCUCACCAUCAGCGAUGGACAAUUAGGUCUGCGGGUGGAGCAGGAGGUGGUGACCUCCUACCCUCAGGUGGCGGUGGUGCGCGUGCCCACGCCGUGGGUGCAGUCAGACAGCGACAUCACCGUCCUGAGGCACCUGGAGAAGAUGGGCUGCCGGCUGGUCAACCGGCCUCAGGCCAUCCUAAACUGCGUCAACAAGUUCUGGACCUUCCAGGAGCUGGCCGGGCACGGGGUCCCUCUCCCUGACACCUUCUCCUACGGAGGCCACGAAAACUUCCGCAAGAUGAUCGACGAGGCGGAGCCGCUGGGUUACCCCGUGGUGGUGAAGAACGCACGUGGCCACCGAGGUAAGGCGGUGUUCCUGGCCAGGGACAAGCACCACCUGUCAGACCUGAGCCACCUGAUCCGCCACGACGCCCCCUACCUGUUCCAGGAGUACGUCAAGGAGUCCCACGGCCGUGACGUGCGGGUGGUGCUGGUGGGGGGCCGGGUCAUUGGCUCCAUGCUGCGCUGCUCCACCGAUGGACGCAUGCAGAGCAACUGCUCCCUGGGCGGCGUGGGCAUGAUGUGCCCCCUGAGCGAGCAGGGCAAGCAGCUGGCCGUGCAGGUGUCCAACAUCCUGGGCAUGGACGUGUGUGGCAUCGACCUGCUGCAGCUGAACGACGGCUCCUUCGUGGUGUGCGAGGCCAACGCCAACGUGGGCUUCAUCGCCUUCGACCAGGCCUGCGGCAUGGACGUGGCCGGCAUUGUGGCCGACUACGCCCUCUCGCUGCUGCCCAGCCGCCUCACGCGCAAGAUGUCCCUGCUGUCGGUGGUGUCCAGCACCAGCGAGACCAGCAGUGAGCCGGAGGUGUGCGCCGUGUGCCCGGCGCCCAGCAUCAUGGGCGUCCUGCCGGAGGCGGCGUGCAACAUGAGCGUGGGCUCCACCUCCUCCGAGAGCGACCCCGAGCUGGCCGAGUCCUCCCCGCGCCAGGCCGCUGGCUCCGCCCUUCCCGACCUCCCCGACCCCGCCUACAACUUCAACACCAUCCUCGCCAAUGAGAUCAAACUAUUGACUGAGUGAGCGGGGGAUUGGCCAUGCUCGCACGCCCGCCCGCGCACACACACACACACACCACACAGAUGUAUAACACAGAGAUAUAACACACACACACUCCAACGGACAUUCCUGUUACACAGACACACACACAAGCACACAGCAAACCUCCUAUACACGUAACACAGGCAGGAUGUUACAUGCAGAUGUUACAUGAGCUGCACAAACAAAACACACAAAACAGCGACACACGAACAUGACCACCAAAACUGACAUAACUACCAACAGACGUAGACGCACGCGCCUUCUCAUACUAACUACUCCCCCCCCCCUCCCCCACCCCAUGUAAACGCAGAGAUCUGAGGCUGCUCCCCUGAACUGCACACGGACCCCCCCUCCUCCACCACCACCCUCCUCCCUCACAACGAAAGUUUACACACUGCAUCGUGGUGGCAGAGGUGGAACACAGAAUGUUGAAUUUGGCAGUUCUUAGCAGUCCCCCCCCACACACACACACACCUCUAUUGCUUUGUGAGGUUCAGUUGGUCAGUUGAGCCAGGGAGUUGUGGGACUCAUCCAGCAUGUAGACCAGCCCGACAUGGUUUGAUCUCAUCCAGCAUGUAGACCAUCCCAACAUGGUUUGAUCUCAUCCAGCAUGUAGACCAGCCCAACAUGGUUUGAUCUCAUCCAGAUCAACACACUCCGAGUCCGGGGUAGGAGGAGGAGUUGGGUGGCGUACAGUAGCCAGGGGGACAGCUGAUUGGAAGUGGCAUGAAGUGUUUUUGCAAGUGAUUUUCUCCCUGAAGAGAUGAGCAGGGAGGAGGGGGGGGGGGGGGGGCGGGGGAUAAGAGACAGAUUGUUAAGUGGACUGCCAGUCAGUGUUGAUUCUAAUGUAUCAGAUGAGGUGUAGCGGUUUCUAGGACGAAUUCAAGCUUGUGGAAGAGGGGGUGGACUCUGUUGCGAGGUGCGCGGUACCAUAGGUCCUGUAGAGGUUUGGACUCUGAACAAGCCCUCUGAAGAAACACAGUCAUGUCAAUCCAAGUUACACAAACUGAAAAGAGCACAACAGGUGCUUAGAUUCUUUUUUAUUUUAUUCAUGUUUUUAGUGGCUAGCGUUUCGUUAGCUUUUUAGAAUACAACAAACAGUAGUUAUCGGCCGGACUAUUAUUGCCCAAAAUGCUGUUUUUUUUUAACCAUUUGAAAUAAAGCACUUUAUAAUAAACAGAUGAAUUGCAUGCUGGGAACUUGGCUAAGUUGGGUGGUAGGAAAGCUGCCACUACACCUACAAGCAGAAUAUACCUCAGAACAAACCGAACUUCUCUCACUGCCAUAGAAAACUGGUCCUGCAAGCAGACAUUCAUCCAGCGUCGUGAUCGUUUCAAAUGAGCCUGGGUUUUAAAAGCUUUCUCUCAUAUCCUGUUAAUAGUUGACAUCUGAGCUUGUCGUUUGUGAAUGAUAAUGUAGCAAUCUUUAGUUGACAUCUGAGCUUGUCGUUUGUGAAUGAUAAUGUAGCAAUCUUUACGCUGGCUAGACUGGUUGAUUAGUAAUGGCUAAACUAACUGCUACCUUCCUCAAUUUAAGUAUUUUGAGAAGCUACAGUAUUGUGUACAAUUGGCUUAUACAGAACUGCAAAUAUUGAAAAUAAAGUAUGAACAAAAAAAAAAA